GGUUGAGUGAUUCUCUUGCUUGUUUAGUCUGAUUCAUUUAGCCUUGGCCCUUUAGGGUUUCAAAUAUUUUCAUCUCCUGCGCCGUUUGCUCUCCAGCCUCUCCCAACCCAUCUCUCUCUCUCUCUCUCUCUCUCUCUCUCUCUCUCUCUCUCUCUCUCUCUCUCUCUCUCUCAUAUCUGCUUUUCUUUCCCUUUCACUCCCAACCCAUCUCUUGCAGCGGCCAGAGAUCUUUAAAUCCAUAUCUUUGCCUCACUCCUGGAUUUUGACGAAGACAAAGAACACGAAGAAGAGGAAGAAACUGCGAAGAAUGAGCCCUCAGAUUUGUUGCUAAGAGGUAGAGAUCUCCAUCGGUGGGUAGCAGUGCUGUGCGAGUUCUGGCAAGUGUUGGGCUGGAUUUUGACGUGCUCUAUACUGACUUUUGUUGGGAGCCACAGAAGAAGAAAGAAUGGGGCGGCCUUAUGCAGUGAAGGGGAAGAAGCGGAAGAAGAGGGAAGAGGUUUAUGACAGAGAAGAAGAAGGAGAUGUUGCAGAACAACCAGUCCAAGAUGCAAAGAUAGCUUUAACAGAGAAAACAAGUAAUCACGAGGAAGAGGCAGAGGAAGGAGAAGAAGGAAAAGGGGUAGCGAAUGAACUUGAGGGUAUUCCAAUUGCCCCAAGUGACCACCAGAAUGCCAACAAAGCUGGGGUCACCUUCAUUCUUGAAAAGGCUUCGUUGGAAGUGGCAAAAGUUGGAAAGAGUUACCAGCUCUUGAACUCGGACGACCAUGCUAAUUUCUUGCGGAAAAAUAACAGAAAUCCUGCUGAUUACAGGCCUGACAUUGUUCAUCAGGCUCUCCUAAUGAUUUUGGAUAGCCGAAUUAAUAAGAGUGGGAGGUUGCGAGCUGUGUAUGUGAGAACUGAGAAAGGUGUUCUUAUUGAAGUUAAGCCUUAUGUUCGAAUUCCAAGGACAUUUAAGCGGUUCGCCGGUAUCAUGUUGCAGCUUCUACAAAAACUGAGUAUUUCUGCUGUUGGUAGGCGUGAGAAACUUUUGCGGGUGAUCAAGAACCCUGUAACCCAAUAUCUACCCAUCAACUCUCGCAGAAUAGGAUUCUCACAUAGUUCAGAAAAAUUGGUUAAUAUAAACCAAUAUGUGGCUUCUGGUGGUAGUGAUGUUGACCUUGUUUUUGUGGUUGGUGCAAUGGCCCAUGGGAAAAUUGAUAAAGACUACGCAGAUGAUUUUAUAUCAAUUUCUGGUUACCCUUUGAGUGCUGCGUACUGUAUUUCAAUGAUUACCAUUGCUUUGGAGGAGAAGUAUAGUAUCUUGUGAACCCUUCUCACUCUUCUGCUAUUCUUAACAAUGGUAUUGAAAAAGUUGGUACUCAAAUCUUUGAUUUUAAAUGAGUACAUGUAAUCCAUAGAGUGCAGUGCUUUGAGGAACUUUAGCAUUUUUUUGUAGGAAUUAUGGAAUAUCUGUCAGUUAUUACAAGGAUUGUGGUUGAUACUGUCAUUUACAUUUAGGUUCUGUUUGUAUCACCCACCAAAUAUUUAUAGUACUUACUAAUUGAAGAAUUUGUUUGAUCCCA